AUCCAGACGGCCGCGAUGAAGACGAAGAUAGCUCAGAUGAGGAACAAGAGUACCAAGAAUGGGUGGGUAGUAUGGUGGAGUGGUGUUGUCCGUUGUGUCAACUUCACAACACGUUCAAGACUCGGGAUAUGUUAUCGUUUCAUCUGCGACGUGACCACCACCAGGUGACUGUGUCCUGGACUCAGACAGGCCAAGAUGAUGAUCGGGGUUGGUGUAUCAAGCUUGUGCUUCCGGACUACGACGAACUGGAGUCAUCGUCCGAGGAAGAUGAAGAAGACGACGACGAAGAAUCAAGUAACCGCCUUGACCCUGUAAAAGAUGAGCUUGAGGUCGAAGAAGCGGUCCUACGAGAGCCAAGUACGGGCGCAACUCCUUCACGUAGUGCCCCUCGUCCUCGUGAACCACUCUUCCUGCCGGACAGUGACGAUGAUGAAUCGCUGCUGGCAACGACUGCGCCUGCCCUUCCGAAGGCGGAGGAGGUCCAACCGAAGGUCCAACACAUGGACUCCGUACCACCUGAGGCGAGGCUAGAUGUCUCUGCCACUCCUGAUGUUGUUCGGGACAGUCGAAACACGACAUCAGUCGCUGCGGUGACCUCUUAUCGUGGCUCUCUACCAUCCCGGUUCCCUAGCCCUCCGCCACCUACGGAUCCGCUCGGUCCUGCCGCUCAGUACCCCUUUUUGCCACAAACCAAUGCCGAUGGCCAGGAGGUGUACUCGUGCCGUAUUGGCGGACCUCGAAUCUAUGAUUUGCUCAACGAACUGUCGCUGGACGAGUUCGGGCUGAUGUCAUGGGCUAUCGUGGACAGAGAAGAGGAGCUGUUCGAGAUGGACGACGUGCGUGACGAGGACAAGGUGAUGCUCGCUUUGUGGAACAGGUGGAUUAUGCUUCACAAGACUGCAUUCAUCUUCAACGACUACUUUGAUGGCGUCAUAAGCUUCCUCGAACGACACUGGAAGUUCAUCCACAAGGCCGCGGGUUGGAGAGCUCUCAGAGCAUUCUUACUGAUGCUCAAUGUCAAUAAGUAUCUUACCCUCCCAAAAGUUCUCGAGGCAUUGAAGUACUACGAGGAGAAGACGGGGAUGGCCCUGUGGUAUCAGGAAGGAGCCGAAGCCAGCACAUAG